AUGAAUUCUGUCAAUUGCAAAGUGACAGUGCGUUCAGCUGUUAAGUCGUCUCCGCCUUUGAUGCGUCGGCAGACUGUUGGUGAUACAGACCCUAGAUCAAUCCGAGAUCAGUCCCAAAAACGUACUGCUUCAGUCUAUAAAGGCUACGCCGACACACUUUACAACGGCUUCGACGAAUCGGAGGAGGACGACACAGCCGAAAUUGCUGUCCUCUGUGAAGAGGCGCCGACAUGGUCGACACGCCGUCGUGCCUACACAACGUCUUCAAUGUCCACAUCUACUCGCGUAUCAAACAUCCUAAAUCCGCUCUGUCGGUUAACAAUGCGCUGGACUGAAUCAUUGAACGACACAAGAUCAAGUAAAGCAACAGACUCCUGUACAUCAUCGACUCCGAGUCAGAUGGACACCCAUCAUCCAGUUUUGACCGUAAUUAACCUAGCCAGUUCAUUCUUGGAUGUCGACACGGACGGAAACGACGAUACAACUCGUCCGACCAUUGAGAAUGUAGCUCGACUGAUGACCGGAACCCAUUCGAUCCCAUCAAGUUUAACCGUCGACAUGUUAUCGACAGAAUACGAGGCAUCUCCGACUCCGCCGCACGUCCUUUUGACUAACACAGAAUUUCCAAAAAACAUUUUGCCGAUUGUAAUUGGCCACUUAGUUGAGACUGACGACGGUGAUACAGCUGAUGCGGUUACGAAUGAGUACAGCGAAGAAUCGUCGAACUACUUGGUGGACAACAGCCGUGUCUCUCACGACCCGGAUCAGACUGUAUGCAAAGCCGAUUCGUUGCAGCGUAUUAUCGAUAGUCAGAACUCGAAAUUCUACAAAAGACAUCCACAUGAGAGAGCGGAUGGAAUAGCACAUAACAUCCGUUUACUUAGCCGUCUGCUAAGCCACAUAAUUCGUCCUUGUAUAGAUACAGCGCAGGGUAUAGUACAAGCGCCUGAUAUGUCUGCCACAAUGACAGCCCAUCUACGCGACAGCGAGACUCCCUCUUUGCCAAUGUAUCAUGGACUUGAGCUCCACUUGUCGUUUACAAGAGUGACAGGUCAGAUCAUCCAAGUCCAGGGAUAUCCGAAACGACGUGGAAAGCACAAGAAUCCAUUUUCCCGUCGUAUCCGCUGCCAUGCCAUUUACCAUCACAGUCAUUUUGAGGACGGUGAUACGCUUCGGAUUAUUGGACACAAUACAGACGGGCUACUCUAUGGUGGAGAUUGCAUCUCGUUCGCUCGUACUGACGGCACUGUGCUCCGUAUGCAGAAGAUAUCGAAAAAGCUUACAUUCAGCAACAAAGUUGAUGACCGAGCCAAGUUUAUCAUCACGGGUGUGCCAGAUCGGACGCCUGUGACCUCGGCAUCCAAAUUUCAGCUGCAAAGCUCAUAUGACCGCAAGAAAUUCAUGGGUUUCCUGCCAUCGAGACAUUCCAACAAACCAGGCUGUCUUUCCAUGUAUGAUCACGGGAAUGCUGAAUCUAAAGUUGAACCUAUCCUGUUCUCCAAGCGUCAUCCGGAACGUGAUCCAGUCUUUUGGUACGACCCCCGAUCAUAA